AUGAGUCACGCUGUCCCCGAUCUGGACGCAAUAGGCAUCAAAGCCGACCAUGACUUGGCCGAUCAAUUUCGCCGCGAGGUCGCCAACCUCCUCUCGCGCAACAAUCUCAACUUCCCCGGCGCACAACCUGUCAGCUUCUCGUCGAAACAUCUGACAGAACUGCAACGUGAGGACUACUAUGUCUGCGAAAAGACCGACGGCAUCCGCUGCCUGAUGUACUUCGCGCGUGGAGAUCCCAAUUCUGAACAACCGGAGAUUCACUACCUGAUUGACCGCAAGAACGACUACCGAUACGUACCGGGCUUGCACUUCCCGUUGCCCAACGACGAUUCUUUUCAGGGGUACCACGUCGACACUUUGGUCGACGGCGAGCUAGUGAACGACACCUACGACGAUGGAACAACGCAGCUGAAGUAUUUGGUCUUCGAUUGUUUAGUGCUGGAUGGGCAGAGCUUGAUGCAUCGUACACUGGAUAAGCGCCUGGCCUAUUUCAAGGAGAAGGUGCUCAAGCCUUAUAGCGCUAUGUACCGCAAAUUCCCGGAGGAGAAACAACACCGCGCCUUUGCCGUUGAGGACAAAUCUACGCAGUUCAGUUACGGUAUUGAAAUGAUGUUCCGCGAGAUCAUCCCCAAAGUCAAGCGCAUUCAUGGAAAUGACGGGUUGAUCUUUACUUGCCGCAGUACUCCCUACCGCAUUGGCACGGAUGAGCACAUUCUAAAAUGGAAGCCCCCGCAGGACAACACAAUUGAUUUUCGCAUGCGUCUUGAGUUCCCGACGCUCGAGCCAGAUACCGAUGAUGAGUCUGAUGGUAUCACAGAACCAUUUGUGGACUACGACGCUAUUCCCAUCUGCCACCUAUUCGUGAUGCUCAGCGCUGGCGAGUACCGCCAUUUUGGAGAGAUGUUCCUGGAGCCGAAAGAGUGGGAGGAGCUGAAAGCCAUGCGUAUCCCUCUCGAUGACACGAUUGUUGAAUGCGCCAAAGAUGAGGAAGGACGUUGGCGCUACUAUCGUCUCCGUGACGACAAAAACGAUGCCAACCAUAUAUCUACCGUUGAAAAAGUCCUUGAAAGUAUUGAGGAUCGUGUCACUGAAGAUGAUCUCAUUCGUAUUGCUCCCGCCAUCAAGACAGCUUGGAAAAAGCGUCAACAGAACAUGGCUGCUGGAGAUGAGGAAAAGAAACGAAGGGCUCAAGGCAUGCCGAAUCCCAACGGUGUCAAGCGAAAGUUUGAGGAAUGA